AUGUCGCGAAAUCCACUGACCAGUCCUGCGCUGACGGCGCAGUUUUUCCCCUCUACCCUCCGCUUCCCCCUAUCGUCCCUGCCUUCCCCCCACUUGCUCCCUCUCCUAGGCCCCCUUGCGCAAAUCGCCCACUUGUCCCUGACUCCCGCUUGCGCCUCUUCUCUGUCUUCCCCCCGUUCCGCCAAUUCCGCCUUCCGCAGAGACUGGCGGGAUGCGGUGGUGGCGGAGGAGCGGGAUGGAGGGGGCGCAGGGGGAGAGGCGUUCUGGCGGAAGGUGUUUGAGCGGUCGUUUGGGGAAAGGGCUGCCUUCUGGAGCAGGGCGGAACAACCGCGGGGGGAGAGAGAGGUGGAAGGGGAAGGGGGGCGAGGAGGGGAGGGCGGAGUUGGAGGGGGGUGGGGAAGGGGAGUGAGGGAGAGUGGUGUGUGGAAGAGGAGCCUCGGGGACGCCCCAGAGGGACCGAAUUCAGGUUCUCGUGCUACUACUGGGUGUGCUUGUAACGAGGGCGGCCGGUGUGCUUGUAACGAGGAUGGGUGGAGGCUAGUGGCGAGUGCGGCAGAGUACGGGUCGGUGUGCGUGUGGAGCCUGCCCCGCUGGCCCACAAGGGGUGGGGCAUCGCCCCAAGCGAGUAGGUUACAAGCAAGCUCAAAAGCUAGAGAGGCAGGGAAAGCAUCAGUAGCAAUGUCAUGCGCUAUACAAGCAAGGUCACGAGAGGCAGAGGGAGGGGAAGCUAAGGCACGGCUGGAAAGAAGCGCAGCAGAGCCCCAUGAAUUCGGAGGCACAUGUGUUGUUGUCGUGCCCUCCCUGUCCCCCUGCUGCUCGAUCUGGUUCGUGGAGGGAAGGAUGGGAGAGCAGCAGCUGUGGGAGGACCUUGAGAGAGUGCGAGGGGGCGAGGGGGGUGUGGGGAGAAGUGAGGGGGAGGAGGGCGAGGAGGGAGAGGAAGAGCAGGUGGGAUGGCGGCCUAGGAAGGGCAAGAGAGGGCCACGGGAGUGGUGGGAGGGUGGGAGGCUGAGGGGCAGAGAAGCAACAACUCACGCCCGCCGGUCCAAGGGAGUGAUGGCAAGCCCUUGCGCAUUCAUCAGGAGAGACGUCACGGAGGCUCGCCCUUGUAAGGGAGGCAUGGCAUACGGGCGGCCUGCGUGUAAUGAGUCGACUCAAAGCUCGACGGAGGCUCGCCCGUGUAAGGGAGGCAUGGCAUACGGGCCGCCUGGGUAUCUGCUGGUGGAGGAGCGCAGUGGCAUGAGCGACGGUGACCGCACCAUGCGGCUUUGGGACUUGGGCUCUCAAGCUUGCCAGUCAACGCACAGUCAACAGCAGUCAACGCACGGUCAACAGCAGUCAACAGGGACAUCACAGCACAGCACAGCAUGGGCUAGUAUGCAGUGUGUGUACGAUCGUGCUUUGGCCUUCGAUCCAUGGACGGGCGUGGUUGCUGCUGUAGUGCCUCACACUCACGCCCCUGCUGAGCGUGGCAUUGGCAAUGUCGCCUUCAGCCACUCAGAACGGCAUGGCUGGCGGCUGCUGAUUGGCACGACUCAGGGGCUGAUCGUUGUUUAUGACUUGGACAGAGGAGUGGCGGGAAGAGGGGAAGGUGGAGGCGGAAGGAGGAGAGGAGCAAGGGAGGGAGGAGGAGGAAGUGGAGUAGGAAUGAAGGGAGGAGGAGAGAGCAUCGGACAGCCGUCGAUUUCGUUGAGAAUCGAUCUGUGGGAGGAGAUGCAGCAAUUCUCCCUCAACGAACGGAUUUUCUGCCUCACUACUGUGACCGACACUCACCAUGACAUCCCCGAGGGCAUCUUUGCGCGGGUGUGGGACGUGGAUGCUUCUAAUCAAGCCGCCCUCCUCCCCCAGGUGCGCCCUCCUCCCCCAGGUGCGCCCUCCUCCCCCAGGUGCGCCCUCCUCCCCCAGGCGCGCCCUCCUCCCCCAGGCGCGCCCUCCUCCCCCAGGCGCGCCCUCCUUCCCCAGGGCCCUUCCUCGUUCACUGAGGUGCCACACAAGAUUCCUCCGCAGCCCUGCGUCACCCCCUCCUUUGCCACUGCUCUCUUGCCUGCACUCCCAAAUCGUUCCCUGCCUCCCUCCCACCCCUUGCUCCUCCAGAACCAUCCUCCAUUCACCGAGGUGCUUCAUUUUGACUCUCAGCAGCCCUGCAUCGCCCCCUCCUCUGCCACGGCUGUGGUGCUGAGAGCCGAUGGGGCCAUCGCCCUCUGGACUGCCUCUCAAUGCGCCCACAACAUCGUUACACCCCACAGCCAGUUCCAGCAAGACCUGGUGUAUCUGCCUCACCCUCCUGUCAUGUAUCCUCUCUCAACCACUGCCUCUUCUGCCACUGCUGCUAGUGAUGAAAAUGGUGACAACGCUGGCAGCAGUGGUGGUGAUGACUGUAAGGGUGAUAGUAAUAAUAACCGGGACAGGGGCAGUAGCGAGUGUGUGGUUGCAGACAGCAACUGGAGAUGGCUGGUAGUGGCAGGAGGGGCUAUAGCUGAGGUUUAUGAUUUUCUGGUGGGCUAA